AUGUCGGGUCAAACGGGUCAAAAGAAAACCGGCUCUAACUUUGCCAUUGAUUUUUUGAUGGGCGGUGUUUCCGCUGCCGUUUCAAAAACUGCUGCCGCUCCCAUUGAACGUGUUAAAUUAUUACUUCAGAACCAGGAGGCUAUGAUUAAGUCCGGUCGUCUCUCAAGGCCUUACAAGGGUAUUGGAGACUGUUUUGUUCGAACAGUUAAAGACGAGGGUGUUAUCAGUCUUUGGCGUGGUAAUACCGCAAAUGUCAUCCGAUACUUCCCCACUCAAGCCUUAAACUUUGCGUUUAAAGAUAAAUUCAAGCGAAUGUUUAAUUAUAAAAGAGAUAAAGAUGGCUAUGUUAAGGUGUUUCUUGGCAACCUUGCCUCUGGAGGUGCCGCUGGUGCUGUAUCUUUGACGUUUGUGUACUCUCUCGACUUUGCUCGAACCCGUCUUGCCAACGACGCAAAGGCCGCUACGAAAGGUGCUGGUGAACGACAAUAUAGCGGUCUUGUUGAUGUCUAUCGUAAGACCCUCGCAUCCGAUGGCAUAGCGGGUCUUUAUAGAGGCUUCAACAUUUCGUGCGUCGACACUGUACGACGUAGGAUGAUGAUGACGUCUGGUGAAGCCGUAAAAUACAAAUCCUCCCUCCAUGCCUUUAGAGAAAUUAUUACCAAGGAAGGUACAGGAUCUUUGUUCAAAGGUGCUGGUGCCAACAUCCUUCGUGCCAUCGCCGGUGCUGGUGUCUUAUCGGG